UUAUAUAUUAGAAAGAAGAAAAUAACCAAAUAUUAAAAAUUAUAAAAUUAUUAAGACGAGUACGCUCGUAAUAGUAAAAAUUUCACUUUUACAAAGGCAACAUUACAUUAUUGCAUAUAGGAUAAAAUAGAUUUCAGGAUCAAGAGGGAAAAGAUUAUUUUCAUUUAUAAUAUUUAAAUUAAUUUUUAAAUUAUAAUAUAAAAUUUAAAUUUUAAAUACUAAAGAAAGAUAAAGUAAAAAUCAUUAUGGCAACUAAUUGGUCAGGUUUUGUAAGAAAUUUUCAUGAUUUCUUUAAACAACAACAGCAACAGGAUCAACCAGAACCAUUAAUUAAGUCAUAUUUUAAACGAGGAUUGAACAAUGUUAAGCAAACACCAACUAUGAAAUAUUUGCCAACAUAUCGUCUUGAAUCAAAGAAACCAGUUAAUAAGGAAACUGUUGAAAAAAUGAUGGAAAAAGUUAUUACAAAAUCAUUUGAAGAUUUUCAAUAUGAAUCAAAAGCAGCACAAAAAUUAGCAAAAAGUGUUAGUGAAGAACUUAAAUAUAAAUUUAAAACAUUUGAAUUUGACAGAUUCAGAGUUAUAUCAAUUGUUACAAUUGGUGAAAAAUUUUACCAAGGUAUGGAAUCAAUGUGUAGUUUUUUAUGGGAUCCAAAUGCUGAUGGUUUUGUUAAUUUUACAUAUGAAACACCACAAUAUUUUGUUAUUGCUACCUUAUAUUAUAUAUAUUAUGACUGA